UUGAAGGUGUGUGAUGAGCUGACGGUAGCUGCUGAACGAGCAAAUCAUCUUCAACGUCUUCUUCAUGAGACAUUACUGGACAAACAAGCCCGUGACGAAACACAUGCCCAGGAACGAACACAAUGGGAAAUGGAUAUGACUCAGCUGAAGAUGCAGCUGAACAAAGAUUUCUCUCAAAAUAAUGGAAGCCUCAAACGGCUGAGUCGACUGGGUGGCGAUUCGAAUGACGAGACGAUCAACAGAUUGAAAAAGUCCAUGUAUGCAAAGGACGAACGGAUAACACAGUUGGAGCGGACCGUUGUUGAAUUGCAGAGGCGAUUACAAGAAGAAUCGGAUCGCAAAAAGUCAGCCCUCGGUGCACUCAAUGAGAAUUUGGAGUCGAAAAUCAAGCAGUAUGAGGAGGAUCAGGCAGCGCAGGAGCGUCGCAUUACGUUACUGAAUGAAGAAAGAGUGAAAUAUGGCGAAAUACUGGAAAACACGGCAAAGGAACGUGAAGACGAGGCUGCUGCUCUUGGUAUGCACAAAAUGGAGGAGAUACGCCAGAAAAUCCAAGAGCGGAAGCGGAAAGGACGAAUGUGCGCUGCUGGAGGGUUGAUCGGAAUGGGAGUAGAUCACUCUCGUUCGUCAUCUGGUUCACUUCUUCAGUCUGGUUCGCACAUCAGGACGUCUUCUGGUCCAUUUGAACAGACGAUAUUGGACUCAGCAGCAUUACUGUCUGAGAUCUCGACACCGUACGCUAAUCGUCCGUCGGUUUCAACUGGAUAUCAUAAUUUAUUCAACGGUGAAAAACGGGAAACAGCCGAUGGCGACAGCGUGUGGAAUGUCUAG